GUCCCGCGCUCACCACGACCGCACGCGUCCCGCGCCAGCCACGUGCCGUCAGCCGUCCGAUAUCAUUUGAGAGCCAGCGAGCCGCAGCAGACAGCAGACCACACUCACCCCGCCACCAUGAGGAGCUCCGCACACCUUCUCACCGCGCUCGUGUCGCUGGCCCUGCUGGCAACCAGUGGGGCCGCCCCCGCCCCCGAGCCGGCUGCAGACCCUGCCCCCGCGCCCGCCGCAGACGACAACACCCCCGAGAUCAUAGAGAUUAUAGCGCCCGCCAACAGCGCACAAGAGACGCUCGCUACUCUCAACCUGGGCGCACCGGGCUCCGAGCUCAGCGAGCGCAACAAGCGCACCAUCGGCAUCCUGCGACAACUGUUCCCGCAGCUCACACAGAUUAUCGAAGAGAAGGUCCAGCAGAUCACGAGCAUGGUGCUCAAGGUGUUCGGUCCGGUGUUCCUCCGAGCUUUCCUAGGGAACCGCAACAGCGGCGGACGCAACGGCGGCGGCGGCGGAACCGUCGAGCUCGACGACGACGACGAAGACGACGACGACGAAGCGAGCUCGACCACGACUAGCACCGCCGCGCCCGAGCGACGCAGGCGCGCGCUGAUCAUCCUGCCGAGCGCCCUGGCCGACGACAACCAGCUGCUGUCCGGCGCGGAGUCGCAGCAGGAGGAGGUGAGGGUCGCGUUCGGCGAGGGAGACGACCAGCAGGCCGCCGCACAGACCAACACCGCCGCCGUCGACGAGAUCUCGCUCGACGACGCCGACGACAGCGAGGAGAGCAGGAACAAGAGGUUCUUGAGCUUCGGAGGAGGUGACUCAUCUUCUGGCGGAGGCUCCGGGAACUUCUUGUUCGACGUCGUCAGACUGGUGGCCGGAUCGUCUUCGGGCGCGUCGUCGGGAGGCGCCGGAGAGGGCGAAGAGGGAGCUAAGGGCGACAACCUGACCGAGGGUGUUCCCGGGCCCAUAACGCGACUGUUCAUCAUCGCCAACCGUGGUAUCGCCAAUCUCAUCCAGGAUCUGAUCCUCCGCAUCGCGCAGACGUCUGAGAGGAUAGUCAAUUUCAAGGCGCGACUGAUCACCUCCAUCAUUUAAAUGUGCUCGCGUUUAGAACAAUCUCGAGAGGGUCCGGUUGUGUUCGGCUAUGUUCGUGUGUGCUCGGGCGGCGCCGCGGCGUCUCGUGCUCGCCGCCAGAGCAACCGACGCCGGACCGACAGGCCGAGCGCCCGAGCUGGUCCACCCACCACUCGACGGCACCGUACAGCGUCACUUGUAACCAAACAUCUUGCAUCUGAGUGCAAAUAAAUAGAGCUUGUGUUCCGAGCGCAUUUAUGCUUCUACAAAUAUUAUUAUUAUUAGUAAAUUGUACGGCGUAUCCGUACGUAUCGCGCGCGGGGUCAAGGUUCUCGCUUCAUUUUGCAACUGGGAGCAGUGAGUUCUAUUUACUUGCCGAAGUACAACGCUUAAAUAAUUGAAUGUCACGUCGAGUGGUGUUGGUAGAAAGCAGGUCAUUUAGCUGCUAAUUUAUUUGUGAGGUUACGAGAAUACUGGAAAUUAAUUAUUACACAAUAUUGAUGUAUCGAAGAGAAAGUUUGUCUAGAAUAUGAAGUGGUUGCGAUGCUGUAUAAAACCUAUAUUUAUUGCGAGGCUAGCUACCUACAAGCAUAUUUAUGGACCCUAAGAAGAUAUAACAGUUUCACUUAUAUGCUUCUUAUGAUGAUGAUUAAUAAUUGUUUAUAAAAUGCGCUGAAUUUUUUUAAUGUGCAACAAGUCCCGUCUGGUAGUUGUUAUUCCGUAACCUCUGACACGCACGUGGUGAUCCUCGCUGCGAGUAUCUUGUGAGUUUUCAUAGUGGUCACUGCUGCUCGCCUCGCAGUGCUAUACAACUCAGCACUGCGUCACAGUGCGCACCCAGGUUACACGAUAUCGCACCAUCGUACACAAUGCGUCGCACUGUAUUUUGACGUGCGUCGCAGUGCUCCACCCAUGAUACACGGCGUCGCACCAUACUACACGAUGCGUCGCACUGAGUGUUGGUGUGCGUCGCAGUGCUCCACCCAUGAUACACGGCGUCGCACCAUACUACACAAUGCGUCGCACUGAGUGUUGGUGUGCGUCGCAGUGCGCCACCCAGAAUACACGGCGUCGCACCAUACUACACAAUGCGUCGCACUAUGUGUCAGUGUACGCCGCAGUGCACCACCCAGUUUGACACUUGACACUGCGUCGCUCGGUAGCGCCUCUUCUCCUCUCCUAGGUUAAAAUAGCAUUAAGUAGGUUCGGACUUAUGAUGGGGCGGCCGUGCCGUCUUGCUCAAGCUUUUAUAAUAUUAUUAUUAUUAUGUUUAACAUUCUCGAUCUGUUUUUACUUUUGUAAAUAUGUAUUAUAGCGGAAAUUUGUAUAGAAUAAACGGUUAGUUUUUAUAA